AGCUCCGAGAGCCGGCGGCGGCUGCGGCGGCCAGAGAGGCCCCUCCUUCACGCCCUCCUUUCCCUCGCUCGCAGCCGAGCGGAGCCGGCCGACCGGCUGGGGCCCCGACCCUCCCCGGCCAUGGCCGGCAACGUGAAAAAGAGCUCUGGCGCCGGAGGCGGCGGCGGCUCCGGGGGCUCGGGCUCGGGCGGCCUGAUCGUCAUGAAGGACGCCUUCCAGCCGCACCACCACCACCACCACCUCAGCCCCCACCCGCCGGGGACCGUGGACAAGAAGAUGGUGGAGAAGUGCUGGAAGCUCAUGGACAAGGUGGUGCGGUUGUGUCAGAACCCAAAGCUGGCGCUAAAGAAUAGCCCACCUUAUAUCUUAGACCUGCUGCCAGAUACCUACCAACAUCUCCGUACUAUAUUAUCAAGAUAUGAGGGGAAGAUGGAGACACUUGGAGAAAAUGAAUAUUUUAGGGUGUUCAUGGAGAAUUUGAUGAAGAAAACUAAGCAGACCAUAAGCCUCUUCAAGGAGGGGAAAGAAAGAAUGUAUGAGGAGAAUUCUCAGCCUAGGCGAAACCUAACCAAACUGUCCCUAAUCUUCAGCCACAUGCUGGCAGAACUAAAAGGCAUCUUUCCAAGUGGACUCUUUCAAGGAGACACAUUUCGGAUUACUAAAGCAGAUGCUGCAGAAUUCUGGAGAAAAGCUUUUGGGGAAAAGACAAUAGUCCCUUGGAAGAGCUUUCGACAGGCCCUACAUGAAGUUCAUCCCAUCAGUUCUGGGCUGGAGGCCAUGGCUCUGAAAUCCACUAUUGAUCUGACCUGCAAUGAUUAUAUUUCAGUUUUUGAAUUUGACAUCUUUACCCGACUCUUUCAGCCCUGGUCCUCUUUGCUCAGGAAUUGGAACAGCCUUGCUGUAACUCAUCCUGGUUACAUGGCUUUCCUGACGUAUGAUGAAGUGAAAGCUCGGCUCCAGAAAUUCAUUCACAAACCUGGCAGUUACAUCUUCCGGCUGAGCUGUACUCGUCUGGGUCAGUGGGCUAUUGGUUAUGUUACUGCUGAUGGGAAUAUUCUCCAAACAAUUCCUCACAAUAAACCUCUCUUCCAAGCACUGAUUGAUGGAUUCAGGGAAGGCUUCUAUUUGUUUCCUGAUGGACGAAAUCAGAAUCCUGACCUGACAGGCUUAUGUGAACCAACUCCCCAAGAUCAUAUCAAAGUGACCCAGGAACAAUAUGAAUUAUACUGUGAGAUGGGCUCUACAUUCCAACUGUGUAAAAUAUGUGCUGAAAAUGAUAAAGAUGUAAAGAUUGAGCCCUGUGGACACCUCAUGUGCACGUCCUGUCUUACAUCCUGGCAGGAAUCAGAAGGUCAGGGCUGUCCAUUCUGCCGAUGUGAAAUCAAAGGUACUGAACCCAUUGUGGUAGAUCCAUUUGAUCCUAGAGGAAGUGGCAGCCUGUUGAGGCAAGGAGCAGAAGGAGCUCCCUCCCCAAAUUAUGAUGAUGAUGAUGAUGAACGAGCUGAUGAUUCUCUCUUCAUGAUGAAGGAAUUGGCAGGUGCCAAGGUGGAACGGCCUCCUUCUCCAUUCUCCAUGGCCCCACAAGCUUCCCUUCCCCCAGUGCCACCACGACUUGACCUUCUGCAACAGCGAGUAUCUGUUCCUUCAAGUACUUCUGGUCUGGGAACUACUUCUAAGACUGUUUCUGGCUCCCUUCACAAGGACAAACCAUUGCCAAUACCUCCCACACUUAGAGAUCUUCCCCCACCACCCCCUCCUGACAGGCCAUAUUCUGUUGGAGCAGAGGCCCGGCCUCAGAGACGCCCCCUUCCUUGUACACCAGGCGAUUGUCCAUCCAGAGACAAACUGCCUCCUGUUCCCUCUAGUCGCGUUGGAGACUCCUGGCUGCCCCGGCCAAUCCCCAAAGUGCCAGUAGCUACUCCGAGUGCUAGUGACCCCUGGACAGGAAGAGAAUUAACCAACCGGCACUCACUUCCAUUUUCAUUGCCUUCACAAAUGGAGGCCAGAGCAGAUGUGCCCAGGCUUGGAAGCACAUUCAGUUUGGAUACUUCCAUGAGUAUGAAUAGCAGCCCAUUAGCAGGUCCAGAGUGUGAACACCCCAAAAUCAAACCUUCCUCAUCUGCCAACGCCAUUUAUUCUCUGGCUGCCAGGCCUCUUCCUGUGCCAAAACUGCCACCUGGGGAUCAGGGUGAGAAUGAGGAGGACACAGAAUAUAUGACUCCCUCCUCUAGGCCUGUAGGGCUUCAAAAGCCAGAAGCAAAACGGCCUUUGGAGGCAUCCCAGAGUUCACGAUUAUGUGAUUGUGACCAGCAAAUUGAUAGCUGUACCUAUGAAGCAAUGUAUAAUAUUCAGUCCCAGGCGCCACCCGUCACCGAGAACAGCACCCUUGGUGAAGGGAAUUUGGCUGCAGCCCACACCAACACUGGCCCUGAGGAAUCAGAAAAUGAGGAUGAUGGAUAUGAUGUCCCUAAGCCACCUGUACCAGCUGUGCUAGCCCGCCGAACUCUGUCAGACAUCUCUAAUGCCAGCUCCUCCUUUGGCUGGUUGUCUCUGGAUGGUGAUCCCUCAACAAACUUCACUGAGGGUUCCCAAGUUCCUGAGCGGCCCCCUAAACCAUUCCCUCGGAGAAUCAACUCUGAACGAAAAGCAGGUAGCUGUCAGCAAGUUGGCAGUGCUACCGCCACACCUUCUGCUGCCCCCUCUCCUCAGCUUUCCAGUGAGAUCGAGAACCUCAUGAAUCAGGGUUACUCCUAUCAGGACAUUCAGAAAGCUUUGGUCAUUGCCCACAACAACAUUGAAAUGGCCAAAAACAUCCUUCGAGAAUUUGUUUCUAUUUCUUCCCCUGCCCAUGUGGCCACCUAGCACAUCCCUCCCUGCAGCGGCUUCAGAGGACCCACAAGCCAGGCUCUUACUUGAGGAGCACAUAGGAGGGCAGAGGCUCCUUUGGGGACUUCACAGUGAGGUCCUGCCCUCUCUGUGGGUAUCACACCUGUGGUUCCAAGAUUUCAAAGCAGUGGAAUGAAAAUGGAGCAGCUAGUGUGUUUUAUUAUUAUACUGGUCUUGAGAGUGCAUUUGAAGGUGUCCUUCAGUCCCCACUAGGGGAGAGUGUGGAUUUUUAUUACAUGGUAGCCUACCUGGGGAACAGUUGAGAAAGUAGUAGAACAGGUAUUGUGCUAUAAACCCUAAUGGAGGACAUAGACUUUCCUGGGUUAAGGAUGUGACUGUGUGUUUGUGUGUCUGUCUGUCUGUGGUUAUCUGUGUCCUGUGAUUAUGAUGAUCCUGCUGUGUGUGUUAAUUCCAGGUGGGGAAUUAGCACAAGAGGUUCAGGAAGGAAUCUUUUAAAGACUUCUAUCUACUGUGGUAUUACCCCCAAUUCUAGUGUGUAUUACAACUUCAACACUCCACUUUGGCUUAGAUUAUCAUGUGCAUAGCUCGAGUCUUAUAUUUUUAAAAUACCUUUCCUCUGUUCUUUCCCCUAUCAACUUCUUCCUCCUCCUCCUCCUUGGUUUUGUGUCAUUGUCAGUGGGCUUGCUAUGGCCAGCCUUACUGAGGCCAAGCAGCUUUUAUAGGAUGUUCUUUAUUAUGUGUGAUGUUGUUGGUUUGUUUGGUAGAGAUAGCUGGGAGAGAGAGUAUUGUUGCUAUGUUGUUAUAGUUUUGUUUGAUACUAGGAGCUAACACUGGUCACUCCAAAGCACUGUUUCUAUAGGAACAUUGAAUUUGUUAAAAUAAGAUGUUUGAAUUAUCCUAAUUACAUAAUGACUGAUUUGAGAUAGAGGCCUUCAAAUACAUUCCAUGUCCUCCCCAGAAAAUAGUCUGGGGGAGUCUGUUGCCUUGGUGCCAGGUGUGUGUCCUGGUGUAGGUCAUGAGUCUUUCUAUUUAAUGGGAGGGGAAAAACAUUUGUUUCCAGGAUUAACUUUCUGGCCCUAAUACCAUGAGGCUUUUAGAAAGCUUCAUUCAUAUGCUAUUUAGAUGCACAAAAUAGUAAGUUUUUCUUCCCAACGCAUUAAUUUCAGCUUAUCUGAGUAUUUCCCUUUGAGCAUGAGCCAGGUUAGAUUUUCAAAAAUGGUUUUAUCUUUGCCCUUUAAGGAGUGCGGAUACCACCUAUGGUAGCACAGUGUUUUGCUGAUAAUCAGCAUCUUUCCUACUUUGGUGCUGCCCAGUGACUUGGUUUUCUCUUGUGCCUAGGGCUAGGGAAUGGAAUGUCUCUUUCCUCCCUUCCCUUUUCUUUCCCCGUAAGUGUGUUCUUCAUAGUAAUUAGACAUCAUUUAUUACAAUAAAUGACUACUCAAAGACAGUAUGGGGAAAAGCUGGCUGUUUAUGUAGUUGCAAGUUCAUAAAGAAGCUUAGGUGUCCAGUUGGGAGCCCUGCUCUUCAUUUCCUGUGGAUACUACUCUGUGGCCCCUUGAGUUCAGUUAGUUCUCUGUCCUGAGUUUUUGCUGACUUCCCUAAUGGUUGUAUCCUUCCUCCUGCCAUAAGCAAGGCUUCUCUUAGAUAAAUUACCUUCCUUGAGAUCUAAAUUUUGCUUUUAUCUUUAGGUUUAGACAAAUGACUCUCCUUAAAUCUGCUUUCUUUACAGUCUUGGUUUAGAACUGAAACCUUUUCUAACUCAUCUCUUGAUCUUUUGUUUUUAUCCUCUUGCCCCUGAACUAUUUAUAUUCGUGGAGCAGAGCAUAGAGUUUGCUCUAGUACAGGACCUAUAUUGAUUUGCAUAACCCACCAGCAGGUGCAGGAGGCCCUGCUCUCGGGUAGAGGGAAGCAGAGAAAGUGGGCACUGAGUGGCAAACAUUAGCCUACCAUCCUUUUCUAAAAGCUGGCAACAUUCAUUAUGCAUUUUGUUUCAAUAUUGAAUGCCUAGACAAAGAACUAGAAGAAAUGACAACAGUUUCCAGGCCUAUCCAUGCUGUAAUUUUUCUUUUUCUACAGAUACUGCCUAUAGUCAAGAUCUAACAAGAAAACCAAAUUGCAUCUCUUGCCUGUUCAUUGUAUCCACAUCUUCUGUGGACGUUAUUGCCCGCCCAUACUGGCUGGGUUAAGGGCCAUUUCAUACUUGAUUUUCCUGGCACCUAUGUGGCUCUUCAAGUCAACCCUGAAAAGAGUGUCCCAGUUGCAUGUAGAGCACAUGCAUUGUUGACUGGUUUGGGUAUGAGUUGUAGUUUGUCAGGUGUGCAUCUGCAGGCACUCAAGGCUUUGAACCAUUUCAUGAGGGCCUAUUCUUUGGGUUCUAAGGACAUACUUGGGCUUGUGCCUCAAAUUUGCCAGACAAGCUUCAGGAAGGUUUUCACAUGACUCUUGUCUUGAAGAUAGUAGUAAAACUUGAAUUUCUUACAUUUUCCUUUGACUGAGGCACCAUUAACCCAUUUCUUUAUCCUCCAUUCAUAUUGCAAUUUUUAAUUCUUUGGCACUUGCUCUGAAUUGAACUAAAAUUGCCCUUUCAUGAAUGGGCUUUUGAGUUUUGCCAUUUGGGGCAAGCUUAUCCCUUUCCCCCUCCUAAUUACAUAGGGUCAAUAUAGUCAAGAAAACCACUUUAAUGUUUUCCUUUUUCUCAAAUUAAUUGGACCAUUUUAUUCGGCCCAAUUUCCUGUUUUCCCUGUAUUUUCCUGAAUUGCUUUACAUAGCCUGCCUUAUUGCUGGGUCUUCCAGCUACUGUGACUGGACUUUUCCAGCUGCCUCUUCCAUAUUCCUUCUACUAAAAUGAAAGGUUCUUAGAGUGGAAAAGACCUGUGAACUCUAUAAUAUACCUCCCUUUAGUUAAAUAAUAGACUCAUCUCAGCAUGUAUCUGUUAAUAUUUAUUUAAAUAGUGAUCUCUACCUGUGGAUGACUAUAUUCCUGUACUAGGCCUCCCUCCCUCCCUCCACAACCCCGCCCUAUAUAUUCAGCCAUUCUUUUGUUCGCUUUCUCUUUGUAGACAGACUCUCAUUGCCAGGGCCCAAGAUGUGGGAUACUGCUAUUAGUAUUAUUAGCCAUUCUGUGGAUUAAAAAAAAAAAAAAAUGGGAGUGGGAGGUUGCUAUUCUUCAUACCUAAAAUAUUUACUUCCUUUAUA